GAAACAUUCUUUUCCACCGAUCAAUUUUCCGUUAUAUUACCAUGCCUAACCGCAAUCUGACCAAAGUUUGUCUUCUGUUGGCUUUGCUCGGCUUGAGUUUAAUGCCAUUUAGCCAAGCACAUCCGAAACGUGGUCGUAAACGCGCUUUUGGCGUGGGUCUUUUGGGUGGAGCUAUAGCUGGCGGCAUAAUAGGCAACGUUAUGGCCAAGUCCCACCAGGCGCCGGCUGCCGCUCCAGCGGUUCCUGUUGCCCAGGUGCAUCACUUCUAUCCGGCAGGUGCUCCCAUACCCGCAGCUCCCAUUGUUGUGGCGGCACCAGCACAUCCAGAUCCCAAGAAGAUGACUGUAAUUGAGACCGGCACUCCGGAUGCCAAUGGAUGUUACACGCAAACCGUUCGGGAACCCAACCCCAAUAAUCCCAAGUCCUAUACCGAGACGCAGCACCUGAUCUGUCCCACUCUGAAGCAGGCCAAUCAGCCGGCUCCUGUGAUUGCCAGUGCUCCAAGUGCUGCCCAUGUGCCUGUGAUGCCGCAGCCUUCGCCGGUGAUCCCUGCUCAUGUGGCCGGUCCGCCAGGUCCAGCUCCAGCUGCAGCUCCUGUUGCUGCUCCUGCUGCUGCUCCUGUUAUUCCUGUUGUCUGUUGGGUGGCUCCUGGGGUGCCUGUAGCUGCUCCUGCUCCCGUUCCAGCUGCAGUUGCUCCUGCUCCUGCUCCUGCUCCAGUCGCUCCUGUAGUUCCAGUGGCAAUUCCAGCUCCUGUCCCGGUUGUCCCUGCAGUUCAACCCAAUGCAGGACAACCACAGGUCAUCCUGCUCUCCAAGAAAACCGUUUACUAUCCCAAAAAGCGAUCUGCCGCGCCCACACUUAACAUUCCGCAGGGAGUUCUGGCCGUUCUAGUUAUCUUUUACACCUUACUUUUGUAAAUCAAAAGCAUGGUUUGAUAAACUAAUAGAUUUUAAUUACUUAUUUGUUCAAUUUUGUCCAGAGGUCCAUCUUGCUUAUUCUCUAUCAAUAUACAUAUAGAAUGAAAAAUAAAUCCCAAACAGA